AUGUCCCGAUCCGCCGCGGACGCAACGCGGUUCACGGCCACCGGCCCUUACGCCAACUCAAAGACCGCAGGCGCGUACCAGGCCCCAGACUUUGGGAAGAAGAAGUCCAGCACAAAGUCAUCACCACAGCAACUCGGCCCGAAUGGCCAACCGGAAACACCCAAGGAGAAGGUGGAACGACUGCGAGCACAGGCACGGGCUGCCCGGAAGGCACAGGCAGCUGGAAGCGGUGCCGAUCGAUGGAUUGAGACUGGGCGGAAAUUUGCCAAUAAAGCGCACAAGGGAAUGGUUUAUUCAUUGAUUGCCGCGUCCGGUGUCUGCGGUGUUCUUACAGUUUACUCAAUGAUCUCGCUUACGCUCUAUAACCGCCGCCAACGCACGCUUUGGAUCGAAAAGGAACUCGCGACUCUCAAGGAGGCCGAGAUCGCCUGCGCCAACGGUACCGCAACUACCGAGCAGGAAGAGCUCCUGAAGAAGGAGAGGAUCGGUGCCAUUAUAAAGCAGAAGCGUGAGGAGGAAAAGGCACAGAGGCCCUGGGCUAAGGCAAAGCGAUUCCUCUUCGAGAAGCUGAACAUGGAAGACACCGGUGCCAAUACUGCACCAACAUCCGCGUCAGUCGUAGAGGAUGCCGACAAGCCCCGGGGCAGUGUUAUGGAGGCUGUGCAGGCUAAGCAAGCUCUGGAUACUGCUGCGGAGAAGACCAGCGCUCCUUUGCCCGGUCAGUUGGAUGUGCUGGCUGAGAAUGUGGAACAAGCUGCGAAGACCAAGACAUCAAGCUGGACUAGCUGGUUGACGGGGCGGUAG